AGCCAAGUAAAAAAUGUGUAUGGAGACGUUGAUGACACUUUACAGUUUGUUACACCGCAGCUGCGCAGGCGCAGGUACCCACUAUAUAAAUAUUGUGGAUGUGUGAAUUAACUCCUCAGUUUCGAGUUGAUUAUCAGUGUAACACCAUGAAUAUAUUUGUGAUACUGUUCUGUUUAAUUUCCCUAUUCCACUUGGAUUAUGGACAACAAGUAACCAAAGAUUGUAAUGCGCCUAUAGACGCGCAAAUCUGUUUUGGAAUCACCGGAUACUAUGCCUACGAUGUCACCAUUAAUAAGUGUAUACCACUGAAAUUCGCAGGGUGUUACGAUGCCCCCAACGAGUUUCAAAGCAAGGAAGAAUGUGAAAAAACCUGUGUACGAAAACAACAAAUCAAAAAUGAAAUAUUUUAA